AUUGGGCUCGCCUGAUUAGCCCCGGGCUGGGAUUGGUGCGAGGACGGGCCAGGACCGUCGGGCAACUUGGACCUAAGGGUGGGGAGGCGGUGGCAACCGAGGAGCCGGUGGGGUCUCGUAGGUCCCUCGUCCGCCGCGUGCCUUCCGCGGAGGGCCCAGUCGAGGGAAGGAGUGGGGAGGCGCCCCUACCUCAUCACGCGGGGGCGGGGGUGGCACUUGUCGUGUGUCGGGCGCGGGACCAGUGGGGCGGGCGGUGGGAGGGGGCUGGUAGUGGAGGGUGAUGGAGGUGCAGGGGUUCAGGAGUCGACAGCAGGACUAGCUGGAGACCUAAAUCUGUAAGCGCUUCCGGGGAGGAGGACUUGGGAGACAGAGGAGGGCGUGGGCGUGUCUGGUAUGGGAUGCCUUGCAAAGGAGGGGGCCUUGCUGAGAUCUGUGGGUGGUUCCUUUGAGGAAUCCUUUUCUUCCUUUUUGCCCUUUGAUUUGCUAAAGGGAGAGUCCCCAUGGUCUCUGUUCAAGUUUUGGAAACUUUCUCUUUGGGUGGGCCUAAUCACAUACUACUUUAUUAUAGAACUGCCCGGGGCCUUUUCUGAUACUGAGCACAAACGUAGGGGAUAUGGCAGAAAAAAGGAAGCCGCUGCUGGGCUUCGUGGGCAAACUCCCCAGUGGGAUCACACCUGGAAACUCAGGCAAGACUCGCUGCCCUUUGUGCAUGGGGCUUUUCAAAGCCCCCAGGCUCUUACCUUGUUUGCACACGGUUUGCACCACCUGUCUGGAGCAGCUGGAACCCGUCUCGGUAGUGGACAUCCGAGGGGGAGACUCUGACACAAGCUCUGAGGGGUCAGUAUUCCAGGAACUCAAGCCACGCACUCUGCAGCCGCAAAUUGGCAUCCUCUGUCCGGUAUGUGAUGCUCAGGUGGACCUGCCCAUGGGUGGAGUGAAGGCUUUAACCAUAGACCACCUGGCCAUGAAUGAUGUGAUGCUGGAGAGUCUGCGUGGGGAAGUCCAGGGCCUGGUGUGUGACCUGUGCAGCGACAGGGAAGUGGAGAAGAGGUGUCAGACCUGCAAAGCCAAUCUCUGCCACUUCUGCUGCCAGGCUCAUAGGCGGCAGAAGAAGACGACUUACCACACCAUGGUGGACCUGAAAGACUUGAAAGGCUACAGCCAGAUUGGGAAACCCAUUCCGUGUCCUGCUCACCCUGCGGAGGAGCUGAGGCUGUUCUGUGAGCUCUGCGACCAGCCCGUGUGCCGGGACUGCAUGGUGGGGGGCCACCGGGAGCACCCCUGCGACCUCGCCAGCAACGUUGUCCACAAGCACGGGGACUCCGUGCGGGAGCUCCUCAAAGGCACCCAGCUCCACGUGGAGGCCCUGGAGAAGGCGCUGGCACAGAUCAGAGGGACCAACCACGCCCUGCAGGAACGGGUGGAGGCUGUGGCCACCGACGUCCGCAGCUUCUCCGAGGGCUACAUCAAGGCCAUCGAGGAGCAUCGGGACAAGCUGCUGAAGCAGCUGGAAGCCAUCCGGAUCCAGAAGGAAAACUCCCUGCAGCUGCAGAAGGCACAGCUGGAGCAGCUGCUGGCAGACAUGCAGACUGGAGUGGAGUUCACCGAGCACUUGCUGACCAGUGGCUCCGACCUGGAGAUCCUCAUCACCAAAGGGGUGGUCAUGGAACGGCUCACAAAGUUGAACAAAGUGGCAUAUAGUGCCCGUCCUGGAGUGAACGAGAAGAUCACCUUCUCUCCUAAGGAGAAAGCAGGCCUGUGCCGUGGCUAUGAAGUUUAUGGGGCCAUCAAUACCAAAGAGGUCGAUCCAGCCAAAUGUGUCCUUCAAGGGGAAGAUCUCCACAGAGCCCGCGAGAAACAGACAGCCUCUUUCACCGUCAUUUGUAAGGAUGCAGCAGGAGAGAGCAUGGGCAGGGGAGGAGAGAACAUUCAAGUCGCAGUAGUCCCUAAAGAUAAGAAAGACAGUCCAGUCAAAACGGUGGUCCACGAUAACAAGGAUGGGACAUACUACGUUUCCUAUACCCCCAAGGAACCUGGCAUCUAUACUGUGUUCGUCUGUGUCAAGGAACAACACGUGCAGGGCUCACCAUUCACUGUGACCGUGAGGAAACGGCACCGCUCACACCCAGGCGUGUUUCACUGCUGCACGUUCUGCUCCAGCGGAGGCCAGAAGACUGCUCGCUGCGCAUGUGGAGGCACCAUGCCGGGUGGGUACCUAGGCUGUGGCCACGGACACAAAGGCCACCCGGGGCGCCCCCACUGGUCGUGCUGUGGGAAGUUUACCGAGAAGUCGGAAUGCGCGUGGGCAGGUGGGCAGAGCGCAGCGAGGAGUGUACUGAGGACGGUGGCCCUCUGACAGCUUCCUGGGUCUGUGGUCACAGCUGCGGCCAGCACAGCUUCAAAUCACCAGCGGACCCCUGACCUUAAUUCUGAAGAAACUGAUGGAAUUAAAAACAAAGUGCCUUAUGUUAUACCCUC